UAUUAUUUAUGCAACACUGUUACUUUUACAACACUUAUAAGGAUAUUUAUGUUUUGAGACCAUUUAAUGCAUGAUAUUUUGAAGAGGCAUUAGUAAUCUGCAGUGAUCGAGUGUCCACCCACUAAUCCCAAAUGGCUACCUCGAAUGUAGGAAAAAUACGUUUGAAAAACCUAAACGAGUUGCAAAAUUCGUAUUUUAGUGAAAACUCCAAUAGCACAUCAGCAACAGAAUGUGUUGUUAUUUCACCGGAGACUCCAAACAAGGUGGCCAAAGCGUCUCGAGGUCGUCGGGCGGCAACAACAGUUAAGAAAAAAAGAGGCGCAAAUAGUGAGAAUGCGGAAAAUACAAAGAAAAUUGUGGCAAAUACUACAGUAAAGCGUGUAAAUAAAAAGGAACCACCACAGGGACAAAUGCGCAUUGAUUCCUUCUUCAAGAGUGCAGCGAAAAACUAUAAAGUUGAAGUAGCUGUACCUAUGACAACUUUGACUUCCUCAUCUAAAAACAAAAAGAAGACGACGAACCGAGUGCGACAAAAGGGACGCAAACGUCUCUUUGAUGAUGAAACCACAACGUCGACUUCAACAACUGCCACAAACGCUUUCAGUGAUGAGACAGAACCCAAGAUGAAGCUCCGAACGAGGUUUAGAAAACAGCCUUUACGAAACGCAAAGAUUAAUAAUGUCAAAACGGAAUCAAAUGAUGUUAUUGAUCUUUGUACUGAUGAAGAUGAUCAAACUCUUACGGUGCUCGGCAUUACACCUAAGAAAUGCCUAGAGCCCUUAGAUACCAAUGAGAAUAUCAUACAGGAGCCCUUGAUUCCUAGUCAAGUUGACAUACAGAAAGCCACAAUUUCUCCUAAAAAAAGCCUAGAGUUCUUAGAUCCCAAUGAGAAUAUCAUAGAGGAGCUCAUGAUUCCAAGUCCAGUUGUGAUAGAGAAAAACCCAAUUUCUCCUAAGAGAACCCUAGAGCCCUUAAAUGCCCAUGAGAAUAUCAUGCAGGUGCUCAAGAUUCCGAGUCCAGUUGACAUAGUCAAACCCACGAACUCGCGAAGACCACGGGGAUCACCAAAACCGUGUCCACCGUACAAAAUCGUUGAAGGCACAAAUUUCUGUGUAGAUGGUUUCCAAUUUGGUGUAAUUCCCAAUGUAACUCAUUAUUUUCUUAGCCAUUAUCAUGCUGAUCAUUAUAUUGGUCUCACCCGCAAGUUUUCCCUUCCGAUUUACAUGAGUCCAACUACGGCGCGCCUGGUGCGCACGUUUAUAAAACUAGAUGACAUUUAUAUAAACGAGAUUGAUGUAGAUCAGACAAUUAUAAUAGAUAAUAUUGAGAUUACUGCAAUUGAUGCUAAUCAUUGUCCUGGUGCCUUGAUGUUCUUCUUCAAGCUUAGCUCUGGCCAAACUAUACUCCACACUGGUGAUUUUCGAGCCAACUUUGAGAUGGAAUCAUUACCCAUUUUCUGGAAUAACCCGCAAUUGGACGUGCUUUAUCUUGAUACAACCUAUCUAAAUAAAAAUUAUGAUUUUUCCCAUCAAAGUGAAAGCAUUGAUCGUGCCGUAAGUUUGGUUAAAGAGUUUCACAACAAACACAAGGACAAGCGUAUUCUCCAUGUCUGUGGCGCGUAUGUAAUUGGCAAAGAAAAAAUUUGGCUAACAGUGGCCAAAGAGUUUAAAUUAAAAGUCUGGACUGAGCCGCAUCGACGGGCAGCCAUCGAUUGCUUACAUUUGCCGGACGCUGAAACAUACUUAUAUGAUGAUCCAAAUGAGGCGAAUUUGCAUGUAAUAGGUUUAGGACAGAUAAGCUAUCCAAGCCUGGUGCAGUAUUUCGAUUUAUACCAAGAUAAAUACGAUAUGAUCCUGGCGCUAAGACCAAGUGGUUGGGAGAAGAACAGAAAACCAUCAUAUGGCAAACGGAUUAGUGUUAUAGGCAUUGAAUAUUCGGAACACUCUAGCUAUAAAGAACUGGAAAGAUUUGUUCGCUUUCUAAAGCCACGUAAGGUAAUUAGCACAGUUCCAACAGAAAGGGAUCUGUUUGUUACUGGAAAAGUGCCAACUAACUGGUAUGACUAUGAAGGACCUGCCAGCAUGUUGUCCAAAGCGUUUCAGCCAUCUAUUACAACAUUUUUAAAAAACACGCCUCAAAUCCAAAAAUCGAAAAUGUCAUCGAUUUGUAAAUCAGUUGCAAGUAAUGAAAUGGUCAUAAGCCCGCUUAGUCCAUCAAACAAAACUAAUGCAAACGAAGAAAAUGCAAAUGCGACAAUUGCUUCAAGUGCGUCCAUUUCUCACAGCCCAGUACAAGAUCAACUCCAUCAACCACAACCCGUGAGCAGGUUGACAUCAGAUGCAUCGGAUGAUAUGCUUUCAUUUUUAUAGCAUUGUCUUUUUGUAUUUAUCAAUCCAUUCCAGUUGCUAGAUAUUGGUAAGUUAAUUCGUUGGUUAAUUAUGCUCUUACUCAUUUUGAACUUUAGAUUCAAGCUCAAUAUUUUUGUCAGUAAUCUGUUGUUGUCUAUUGAAUAUUUUUUAAAUGCAUUUAAAACUCUGUCAACAAAAAUUAGCAUUCGAUUUCAGAUGUAAAAAAAAAUUAGGUAAAACUAAGAUGUUGAGAAUUCGUUAAAGAAUUGUUUGUGAUCUGUUAGUUUGAUCAAUAAUUUAAUUUGUUACUCAAGUAAGACAUAAAUAUUAUAGUACAAUACAAGGCAUUUAAUUUAAUAAUGUAUACACAGUUAUUCAAUACAUUCAUAAUUGUAUAUUUA